AUGAGCACAAAUAGCGUUCACAACUCGGAGCUAGGCCAGGAGACCCUUUUCGAGGGUAAUGCUCUAGAGGUAGAAUUGCGUGAUCAUGAAGUUGACGACCACUUUAGUGCAUCUGGAGCUCAGAGUUGCAAAAGAUGCAAGACUACAGAGUUUUGGACAGUUAAGAUCAUCGAUUCUGACGGCACAGUCAAGCCGGAAAGAUUAAGCGUGAGGGAGGCUAUGGAACGGCCUAACGGUAGAAGAAUCGUGCUCAUAUUCAAUAACGAAAUGCAGUCAAUUGGAGACGAGGCUGGACUAUUGAGUGGGGUGCUUGGUCUACUGGGAUCUAACUAUGAAAAAUUUUCUAUUGGUAAGGAAAGUUGGCAUAAGGUUACCACUAAAGACAAGGUUUAUAACGAAUGUGUCAAGAAUAUCGAGCACCGUCCGCCGAAAAUUGAUCGAGAGCAUUGGAGAAAGCUCCUAGAAUAUCGUGCCAAACCUGAGACGAAGGAGAAGUGCAAGAAGAACGCGACUAAUCGAUCAAAACAAGUAUAUACCCACACUGGCGGUUCGAAAAACUUCACACGUCUGAAGAACAAGGAAGGAGACUCGGUAGAGGAGAGUUAUGGAUCAAAGUGCACAAAAAAAAAUGAUGGCUCCUAUAUGAAUGAUGAAGCAAGGGCAAUUGGUGAAAGAAUUGAGGAGAUUGAGCAACAGGAUGAAUCUUCUGGAGUGUUGUCUCAAAAUGACUCCAUUGCUCAGGUUUUUGGUAAAGAAAAACCGGGUAGAGUACGUGGUGUGGGUUUCGGUCCGACUCCUACCCAACUCUUUGGUUUGAAUUCACAUGCACCAGGCAACAGAGUCAAAGUAGAGGAGACCCAGAGGAAGUUGUUUGCACUGCAGGCAGAAUUGGAAGGCGAGAAGUUGAAGAGGAAGGCGAUCGGCGAUUUAGAACCGCAAGAAAAAUUGCACAAAGUAACUGGAAAAUUGUCAAAGAUAGCGGCGGUUUGUAACCGCCGGAAAAUGCUUCGGAAAAAAUAG